UUGUGUGAGAGAGAGAGAGAGAAAUAGAUGGGAAAAAGGUGAAAAAAAGGGUGGUCAGCACAGCACAGCACAGCACGCUUUGCUUAUAAAACCAAAAAAAGAGAGAGUAACCAAAAAUACUUUUGGGGUUUAGUUCAGUGGUUGCGUGUGUUUUGCUCCAAUUCCGUUUUGCUGUUUCAGGGAAUCUCUCUUCUUCUCCACUGCCCCUAUAUACAUAUACAUAUACAUAUACAUACACCCCUUUUAUGUUUCUACUGUUUACUUCAUCUUCUCCAUUAAACUCACAUGCUUUAGUGGUCUUACUCUUGAAACUCACAAGAAAUAAUUAUUCUUCCAAAGAAAAUAUAUAUACUACUAGCCCUCCUUUGCUUUGUGGGGUUUCUCUGGGGUUCUUGAUUUGAAAAAGUGUUGGCCAUUUGUGGGUGUUAACAGUAUUUAUACAUAGUUCUUUCUCCACCAUUAUGUGGGUGUCUGUCAGUUCAAGCUCCGGUUAAGAUUCAAGGAAGUAUUUUUUUAGCUAAAGUUAUCGAAACAAAGUUUCUAAGGUCGAGUAAAAUGGAGGGUUAUUCAAGAAAAUGGCUAAUGCAAAGAGGAGAAGAAAACAACCAUGAAAAUUCUGAGGAAAAAAAGCUGGAGUUAAGGCUGGGUCCUCCAAUUGGUGACUGGUCUUCUAGUUCUAGUGAAAAGGAUGAAACACUUUUCCCUUUUAGUUACAUCUCAAAGUCCAACAAUGGAAACAACCAAGUCCAAAAAUUUUCUUCAUUUCUUCAGCUUCAACCAACAGCACAGAACCAAAGUGUGAUGGUACAAGAAUCAUUACAGACAGGCUGCACAAAACCAACAGACGUGCAGCAGUGUACAGAGAAGAAAAAAGCAGUGCCUAACAGUGCUCAGAAAAGGACUGCUCCAGCACCAGUUGUGGGUUGGCCUCCAGUUCGUUCAUUUAGGAAGAAUCUUGCAAGUAGCAGCUCUGUGAAACCUGCUGCUGAGUCGUCACAGAAUGUGGUCCCAAGUAAGAGUGCCAACGAAAAACCAAUGGAAAUUUGUCAGAAAGGUUUAUUUGUUAAGAUCAACAUGGAUGGUAUUCCUAUUGGAAGGAAAGUUGAUCUUAAAGCUUAUGACAGCUAUGACAAGCUCUCUUCUGCUGUUGAUCAACUUUUUAGAGGCCUUCUUGCAGCUCAAAAUGAUCCAUCUGCUUGUGGGAAUGAGAAGAAAGAAGAAGGGGAGAAAGCGAUAAGUGGUUUAUUGGACGGAAGUGGGGAAUAUACUCUUGUAUAUGAGGAUAAUGAAGGUGACAGGAUGCUGGUUGGGGAUGUCCCUUGGCACAUGUUUGUGUCUACUGUGAAAAGGCUACGUGUGUUGAAAAGCUCCGAUCUCUCUACACUUACUCGUGGAACCAAGCAGCGGGGACAGGCUGAUGUAAUGAUAUGAAUGAGCUAACGAGAUAUAGAAUCAACACAUCUGAGAGAAGAGAGUGACUUGUUUUGUCUGGGAUUGAAUGUUUUUUAUUGUUGUAGUAGUAGCAGAAGCGAAAAAUGUUGAUGUAAAUUAUGAAAUAUUACUGCUAAUAUUUGUGUUUUCGGGAGGCAAAAAAAUUAUUGCUUUCA